UUCAUCUAGAUACUUUCUCCAACGAGCAAAGCUACCCUUCAAAUAAGCAAUUCCAAAACUAAUUCCUCACAAGAACAAGUGUUCCAGCAAACCCUAAUUCCUCACACAAAACAUACUCAAAUCCCUCUCUUUCUCACUUCCUGGUUCCUCUUUACGACUCAAUUUCGGCUUCGAAUUGAGCGCACGUUGAGAUUUUACCAUGGCGACGGAAACAAAGGCAGCCACGGAGGACGUCAAGAUCGAUCUCUUCGAAGACGAUGACGAAUUCGAAGAGUUUGAAAUCAAUGAAGAGUGGGAUGCUAUAGAGGAAGGCAAGGAAGUGACCCAACAGUGGGAGGAUGAUUGGGAUGAUGAUGAUGUCAGUGAUGAUUUCUCUCUUCAGCUGAGGAGAGAGCUGGAGAGCAAUACUGAAAAGAAUUAAACAUUCUGCUUGCUACGAUCGGUUGAUAAAAGUGUCAUGAGUUAGGUACUUGAGUCUGUUGGUGUUUCCUUUUGUGGAAAAGAAAUGAAAGCUAUAUGCCUUUUCAUUUAGUAGAUGUAAGACAGUAAGGCAGAACAUAAGGACUUAAGUUGUUAUUUCUGAAGAACAUCUAGAUAGAAGUAUUGCUUGUACUUUAAUUGUAUUUUAUCUCAUAAGUUUUAAACUGGGUCACAAUCCCUUGGUGUGCUUUCCCAUUAAUAACUGGUGAAAGUGGAGUCUGCAGAAACUGGCUUGUGGGUAUCUGAAUUCAACAACCCUAGGAAUUUGAAUGCCAA